AUGUCCUUUGCUGCUGCUGCUGCUGCUGCUGCUGCUGCUGCUGCUGCUGCUGUCAGGCUGCUGCGAGCCAGUGGGGUGCAUGUGCUGCGUUCGUUUGCUUUUGACUUUCACCUGAAGAGACAGAGCUGUGUCUUGGCUGUCUCCGCAGCAACACUAGCUGCGUUGCUGCCAGCAGCAGCAACACAGCAGCAGCAGCAGCAGCAGCAGCAGCAGCAGCAGCAGCAGCAGGUGUUGUGUCUGUGUAAAGGUAGCUUCGAUGCUGUCUCCUCUCUCUGCUGCAGCUCCCCCCCCCCAGGCGCGCAGCAGGCUCACGAUGCACUAGCAGCACAGGGGGCGUAUGUCUUGGCCGUUGCCUGGAAGCUGCUGCAGCUGCCUAGCAGCCCCCAGCAGCAGCAGCAGCAGCAGCAGCAGCAGGAGCAGCAGCAGCAGCAGCAGGAGCAGCAGCAGGAGCAGGAGCAGCAGGAGCAGCAGCAGCAGACGGGUGGUGUAUCAGUUGGUGGGUGCAGCAGCUGUGUUGCUGCAGCAGCAGCAGAGCUGCUGCAGCGAGAAGAGAUAGAAAGAAAUAUGCAUUUCUUGGGUUUGCUGCUGCUGACGAAUGAGCUGCGGAGCGAUGCAGCAGAGACAGUUCAGCUGCUGCGGGAGGGGAGAAUGCAGCAGCAGCAGCAGAAGCAGAACCAGCAGCAGCAGCAGCAGCAGCAGCAGCAGCAGGAGGAUGGCCGAGUGUAUGCAGCAGCUCGUUGCAUGCAGUGA